CACAAAUAAAGGAAUAAACUAAAUCCGAAAAUGUAGAAAAUGCACUAUAUAUCCAUAAUUUUCUAAUCGAAAUGAAGCUUUAAAUACUAGCAUUAAAAGAAAAAGAUAAAAAGUUACAAAUGUGGACCACAUAGUCACAAUAUUUGAGAUGAUUCGUCGAAGAUUGAAAAUUCAAGUUAAAAAAUCGCCUACGAAAGAGCAAUGAGAAAGUAAUUUCGGUGUGAUAAAAUUAAAGGAAAAUUAUACAACAUUGUACAACACAAAAAAAAUGCAAGAUUCUAACAACGGAUUCCGGUAGAGGGGAAUGCCUGAAAUUACUUUCUCUACCGCCGAAUACAUCUGUACAAAAUAAUACCAAACUAUCCAAUAAUCAAGUAACUUUUAUCCUUCAAAAAUCAGCAAUAAAUAAAUUGAUUUAUAUUCAUUUAAACCACAAAAGAAUUAAGAAACAAAGAAAGGCCUAUAAAUAGUUCCUACAAAACCUAUAAGGCAGCUACAAUUUUAGACCGAGAUUUAUUCUCGAAAACCAAGUGAUUAAAAGAAACCAAUGGUUCCUAAAAUACCUAAAUAAAUGUUCAGAGUUCCUAAGAAAAUUACCAAAAACUAAAAAAAAAAUUACACAAAUAAAAUUUAAGGUCUUCAUUUACCGAUAAAAAAGAUUCAAUAAAUAAGCAUCGUUCGUGCAAAAGCUAACUUCAAAAUUUAAACCAACAAAAAUUAUUAAAUAAUUAAAAUACAGCGCCAAAGAGGAUAUGUUUCUGUGUUGUAUCUUAUUAUGUGAAAAGUAAAGAAUGGCAUAACAAAACAAAUAAAGGAAAUCAAAGCAAAAAGGUUCAACUCGACAAACCACGAAAAGUAAAUAAGGCAAAACGGAAACGUAAAUAAAGCGCACACACAGAAAAUAAUGAAAUCAAAUACAAAAAUAAAAAUAGAAAAAGCAGUGCGAAUACACAUAUGUAUGUAUGUAAGUGCCAAGUAAAAUCAGCGACGAGUUGCAACAAAGAAAAGUGUGCCAGAAAAAUAAAUUGUUGCAAAACAAAACUUACCACUUCUGAGUGCAAAACUUUUUAACUUUCUACACCGAACUUUGUGCGCCACUCGAAAGUGAAAGUUUUACUUUUGUGAAUUGCGUGAAACUUGCUGCAUACUUGAAGGCGCACAAGCAAGCCAAACUCUAAAAUGAAUAUGUCACCCUGCGAAAUGAACUGUUGCGCCGUCUCAGCGUCGCCACCGCCAGCGUCCGUUUUGCGUUGUACUGGAGCAGAGCGGCUUUUGUCUCUCGUUGCCUGCCGGCGCGACGUCACAACAAAGCAACAGUUGGCUGCCGUGGAGCAGCUGGCGGCACAGCGACACAAACGACGUGGCAGCGCUGAAGGCGAAAGUCCAACAACGCAACAAAAAAGCGGCUCAUCCUCACCACCAUCACCAGCAUCGGUACCACGUACGCUGCCAACACCGCCAGCUGCGACGCCGACGCCAACGCCGACGCCGCCAUUCUUAAUGCCCGCUGAUUUCUACAAAAGUUUACUAGCCAGCGCAGCGGCAUUACAGCAACAGCAACAUCAGCGUCAACAGAAGCUAUUGGAGCAGGAACAGGUGCGCACGCCGUCAGCCGCCAUCGGGCAACGCUAUACGCAACAUUCGCAUUCGCCCAAUGCCACACAAUUCCCACGAAAUUUGUUCUUCUCUGCUGCUGCGGCGGCGGCGGCGGUCGCAGCUCAACGCAGCACAGCUGCUGCAGAGCUGCUUGACGAGGCGACUGGCGGCGAUUCGAAUGGCAGCGCAAGUGGCAGUAAUCAUAAACCCAGCAAUUAUUCGUGGCCCUUAGCGGCCAUCACACCACCAGCGGCAGCGAGUGCAACAACCGCGCAAGCGUUAGCAACAACACCUACCAACUCUGGCGGUAACACCAACAACAACAAUCAGUCAUCACAAAACCAUCUUUCCUUGCAACCGGCCUCUGGUGCUGCCACACCAACGCCACCCGUCGGCGGGAUAGAUUUGCAUGCAACGGUCGGUGAUGCAGAGGCGCACAAUUUUAACGGCACACUAAAGUCACCCGAUCAACAACAAGCGUCAGCGUUACACUCACCUUCGUCCCAACAGCAACAGCACCAACAGCAGCAACACCAUCAACAUCACUCCACAGCUGCGAGUCAGUCGCAACAACAACACUCACACACCCAUCAGAGUUUGCAUUCCUCUGCGUCGACGCCCAGUUCGCCCACAGCGGCUAGCGCAGCUGCAGCAGCAGCAACAGCGGCCGCAGCCGUAGCCGCCACUAUGCCUAUCGGCGGUGUUCAGGGGCAAAAUCCCACGCAGGGUUUGGUGCAUUGGAUGAGUGCCGUUAUGGCCGAGCAUAUGACUGGACAAACGCAUCACGACCCGACGGCAGUUGGCAUGCAUUACAUGUGGAAUGGCAAUGUGGAUUGUGGACAACAUGGCAAAGAAAUAGCCGAUUAUAAUGGUUGGCCUUCGACAGCAGCCACACGCAGCCAUAUGUCGGCCAUCAAACAAGGAUAUGAGGUACUUACCAAUUAA